AGCGGUGACUAUGAACGAAAGAAAAAAAAAAGAGUCCGGAACUAGAUGAUGUUGAGUCUUUUGCGACCAUGCGGCAAACCGCCAGAGAUAGCUGCUCUCCCUGAAAGAAGAGGAAAGAGAACAGAAGUGAUUGGCUGGCGACCAGUCCAGGGUGUACCCCGCCCCUCGCCCGAAGACAGCUUGGAUAGGCUCCAGCACCCCCGUGACCCUCGUAGGAAUCUUCUGUCUGAGAAGGUUGACCAGAUGAUGGAAUGGUCGUCUCGCCGUUCUGUUGUGCGGAUGAAUGGAGACAAGUUCCGACGUUUUGUCAAAGCCCCACCCAGAAACUAUUCUGUCAUUGUCAUGUUUACAGCCUUACAGCCUCAACGACAGUGUUCUGUUUGUCGGCAAGCAAAUGAAGAAUACCAAGUCCUGGCAAACUCAUGGCGCUACUCCUCUGCUUUCUCAAACAAGCUCUUCUUCACUGUAGUGGACUAUGACGAAGGAGCAGAUGUUUUCCAACAGCUAAACAUGAACAGCGCACCAACCUUUAUGCAUUUCCCGGCUAAAGGAAAGCCAAAAAGAGCUGACACAUUUGACCUACAGAGGAUCGGCUUUGCUUCAGAGCAGCUGGCCAAGUGGAUUGCAGACCGCACAGAUGUCCAGAUUCGUGUCUUCCGUCCUCCUAACUAUUCAGGUACCAUUGCUUUGGCUCUGUUAGUGUCGCUGGUUGGAGGUCUGCUCUAUCUAAGAAGGAACAAUUUGGAAUUUAUAUACAACAAGACUGGAUGGGCCAUGGCAGCACUAUGUGUGGUUUUUGCAAUGACAUCCGGUCAGAUGUGGAAUCACAUCCGAGGACCCCCCUACGCUCACAAAAACCCACAGAAUGGACAAGUGAGCUACAUUCAUGGCAGCAGUCAGGCUCAGUUUGUGGCGGAGUCCCACAUCAUCCUUCUCCUGAAUGCUGCUAUCACCAUGGGAAUGGUGCUGCUGAAUGAAGCGGCUAUCUCCAAGGGAGAUGUUGGCAAGAGGAGAAUUAGCUGCUUGGUGGGCCUUGGACUGGUCGUGUUUUUCUUCAGCUUCCUGCUUUCUAUUUUCAGGUCCAAGUAUCACGGAUACCCUUACAGUUUCCUUAUUAAGUGAAAAAAAAGGAGAAGACGAGGUCAGAGAAUGACUCAGAGGUGGUAGGUGACAAAAAGUAGAGAAGAUACUUACUUGAAGAGGCAGAAGCAGCUUGGCCGUUGAAUCUCCAGUUCAUUAUGUGGUUUUAUGUUAUUUUAUUUGUUACUGUUAUUAUCUCAGCUAGCUGAAAAGAGAAAAUGCUUCCUUACAAUGGAAAAUAAAAGUUUGUCACAUAUCAGUAUUGCUGUCAUUAUUUCUUUUCACCUCUUAUAUGUUUAGAAAGCAGACAGUCAUACAAUACGGUAAUCCCUCGUUUAUAGCGGUUUGAAUGUUCCAGACUUCACCGUGAUAAGUGGAUUUCUGUUUAAGUUGAAUAUUUUUGUAGUUAAGGGCAUAGAAAACCAUUUCUUCAGGCGUUCUGAAUACAGACAUGAAAUAACACCCUAUAGCAGGGGUGGGCAAACUACGGCCCGGGGGCCACAUGCGGCCCACCAAGCGUUUGAAUCCGGCCCGCCAGUUGCUUUCUAAGUAACUUCAACUUUUAACAUACAAACUGGCAACAUGACUAGCAAGUCGGAUGUCUGAUUUAGUAAAAAAUAAACAACAAAACUGUAAAAUUAAAUGACAUAGUUUGAUGUGGUGUGAUGUUUAAAGUGCUCCUAAAAAAGGGACAUGAGAACAUACAACUGAUAUAGGAUAACACUUUUACAGAUAAAAUUAGACAAAUAAUUCAAGGAAAAUGAUAAGCAUAAAAUAGUGUGUGUGUGUUAAAUAUAUGUUCUGGCCCCCCAGACAAUUUUGUUAACUCAAUGCGGCCCUCGAGUCCAAAUAUUUGCCC